ACAUAAACCCUCUCUAGAAACUUUGAUUUAGAACCUAAACAGCAUAGAUCUAGCUCCUCUCUCCCUAAAAAUCUUCGCAACAUGAGAAGAGCUUCCACUCUCGCCUCCUCCAUCCUCUCCCGAACUCUCUCCACUGUUUCCAAUGGCGCUUUUGUCCCCAAUAGCGCAGUCGAGCACCGGCUCAUCCAGGUGGCGCUCUAUUGCAACAGCAGCAGAGGCACUUCCCAUGCUCCUCCUGGGCGUUGGUCCUCUCCGUUUUCGGGGCGUGCUGUGUCAAUAGGCUUUGCUGGGGCUCUUGCUUCGAUCGCCACUGUUACAUCUAUGUCCCAAGAGGUUUAUGCGAAGGAACCGCCUCCCCGUGAGCUGAUGCCCAAGGAAGUUGUUCUUUAUCAGUACGAGGCCUGCCCUUUUUGUAAUAAGGUUAAAGCAUUCCUGGAUUACUAUGAUAUUCCUUAUAAAGUAGUGGAAGUGAACCCCCUAAGUAAGAAAGAGAUCAAAUGGUCUGACUACAAGAAGGUGCCGAUAUUGAUGGUUGAUGGCGAGCAAAUGGUUGAUUCAUCAGCUAUAAUUGAUCAGUUGGGUGAGAAGAUACUUCCUAAUAAGACAGGUGAUAUUGCCUCAGAUGACGAUAAUGAAGAGAAAAAGUGGCGAGGGUGGGUUGAUAAUCACUUGGUGCAUGUCUUAUCGCCAAACAUAUACCGCAAUACCUCAGAAGCUCUCGAGUCCUUUGACUAUAUUACAAGCAAUGGUAAUUUUAGCUUCUUUGAAAAAGUUUCUGUGAAGUAUGCUGGUGCUGCGGCUAUGUACUUUGUGUCCAAGAAUCUGAAGAAGAAAUAUAAUAUUACUGAUGAGCGUGCUGCCUUAUAUGAAGCUGCAGAAACAUGGGUUGAUGCUCUAAAUGGUCGGGAGUUUCUUGGAGGAACCAAGCCCAACUUAGCCGACCUUGCUGUUUAUGGGGUGCUAAGGCCAAUCCGUUAUCUAAGGUCUGGUAAAGAUAUGGUGGAGAAUACUCGAAUAGGAGAUUGGUAUACAAGAAUGGAUGAGGUAGUGGGAGAGCCUUCGCGCAUCAAGGCUUAGAUUGGAAUUCACAGCCAUUCACUGUGCUGCUUUGAGUUUACGGGCUCCGCAAUAGAGAGAAAUUUUAUAGAUCAAAGGACAGUUUUUUACUAGAAAAUUUUUUUGGCCACUUAAAAAAUAUUGCUAUAUGAGAUAAAUGGUAGUGAUGGCAGGAUCAUCCUAUAUGGCUAUUCAUUAUUUGGCGAUGAUUGUUUUUAUCGGUAGCAUCAUUCAAUAACAAAGCAGAAACAUUCAACGAAAAGUGCACUGUAUAGUUACUGAGAUUUACAAUGGUUGUUGCCUUGCUUGGCCUUCUUGUUCGAA